UAUAUAAAACUGAAUACAUGUAUAUAGCUUUAUAUGUUAAGACAAAAUGUUGCUGCAGAGUCGAUAUCGCCGGGGGCGUUCUUUUAGCGAAAUAAACAGCGGACUACAGCGGACUUAUAUCCCUUUAUAUGAGCGCGCCUUUGUCUCACUGCAACGCAAAUUGGGCUCAGUGCCCACUUAUAGGCCAGAGAGUGUAACAAAUGAGGAGCAUGCCAUAACUGAUCUGGAGGCUUUUAUCAAUCUGCUGAAGUGUGCGUUGGGCACUGGCUGCCUUGCUAUGCCUUGCGCCUUCUAUGAAGCAGGCUGGCUGCUAGGCUUGAUAGGCACUUUGGUCUUAGGCAGCUUUGUGGUCUAUGCUAUGCAUGUGUUGAUCAAUGAUAUAAAUGUGCUCUGCAAGCGUUAUAGACUCUCAGUGCUGAGCUACAGCGAGGCUAUGGAGCUGGCCUUUCAAACCGGACCCGAGUCCUUGCAACCACUCGGAAAGCCACUAGCCUAUCUAGUGGACUUGCUGCUCGGUGUUUAUCAUUUUGGCGUGGACUGCGUCUAUGUUGUGUUUAUAGCCAAGAGCAUCAAGCUGCUGGCGGACAUGUAUAUAGAGCCCUUAGACAUACGCAUCUAUAUGGGCCUGCUAACGGUGCCGCUGUUGGCCAGUUUUGCUAUACGCGAGCUGAAAUAUCUAGUGCCCUUUGCUGUCAUAUCCAAUCUGCUGCUGAUUUUAAGCGUUGUUAUUAUCUGCAGCUAUUUAUUUGGCGAUUUGCCCAGCCUAAGCGAGCGCCAGGCCGUGCAACCUUUGCAAGGUUACGCUUUCUUCUUUGGCACCGUGCUGUUCUCAAUUGAAUCCGUGGGCGUGAUUUUGGCUUUGCAAUUGAAGAUGUUAAACCCUCAAAAUUAUUUGGGUACCUUUGGAGUGCUCAACCGUGCCAUGUUUAUAGUGAUUGCCUUCUACGCUUUGUUUGGUUUCUUUGGCUAUUGGCGCUAUGGCGACCUGACGGCCAGUUCCGUACUCAACAAUUUGCCAAAAACUGAAAUUUUACCGCAAUGCGUGCUGGCCAUGUUUGCUUUGGGCAUUUUCUUUAGCUAUGCGCUGCAGGGCUACAUCACUGUGGAGAUUAUCUGGCGCCGCUAUAUAGCGCCUCGGGUUGAGGACAGCAUUGCCUUGGAGUAUUUGAUACGCAUGGCUUUGGUCCUGGCCUCAGUGCUGGUGGCCAUUGCCUAUCCCAACUUUGGUGUGCUGCUCUCCUUUGUGGGCUCGUUUUGCCUGGCGCAGCUGGGACUUAUCUAUCCGGGCAUUAUCAACCUGUGCGUUUGCUAUCGUGAGGGCUAUGGGCUUGGUAAGCAUUUGCUCUGGCGCGCGCUCUCUUUUAUUGUUGUGGGUCUAGUUGGCUGCAUUACCGGCACUCUGGCUUCCUUGCAGGCCGUUAAGGAUCAAUACAAUAAACUCAGUUGACUUUGCUCUAUAUUUGUUUUAUAAUCAGAUC